GGCGCUAUGAGUUCCUUCCAGGGACAGAUGGCCGAGUAUCCAACCAUCUCCAUAGACCGCUUCGACCGGGAGAAUCUAAGGGCCCGCGCCUACUUCUUGUCCCACUGCCACAAGGAUCACAUGAAAGGAUUAAGAGCCCCAGCUUUGAAAAGAAGGUUGGAGUGCAGCUUGAAGGUUUACUUAUACUGUUCACCUGUUACUAAAGAGUUGUUGUUAACUAGCCCGAAGUACAGGUUUUGGGAGAAAAGAAUUAUAUCAAUUGAAAUUGAAACUCCUACCCAGAUAUCUUUAGUUGAUGAAGCAUCAGGCGAGAAGGAAGAGAUUGUUGUGACUCUCUUACCAGCUGGUCAUUGCCCAGGAUCAGUUAUGUUUUUAUUUCAAGGUGAAAAUGGAACUGUCUUGUACACAGGAGACUUCAGAUUGGCCAAAGGAGAAGCUGCCAGAAUGGAGCUUCUGCACUGUGGGGACAGAGUGAAAGACAUCCAAAGUGUGUACUUAGAUACUACUUUCUGUGAUCCAAAAUUUUAUCAGAUCCCUAGUCGGGAGGAGUGUCUGAGUGGAAUAUUGGAGCUUGUUCGGAGCUGGAUCACUCGGAGUCCGUACCAUGUUGUGUGGCUGAACUGCAAAGCAGCUUACGGGUAUGAGUAUCUGUUUACCAACCUUGGUGAAGAAUUUGGACUCCAGGUUCAUGUGGAUAAAUUAGACAUGUUUCGAAACAUGCCCGACAUUCUUCAUCAUCUCACCACAGACCGCAGCACUCAGAUCCAUGCGUGUCGCCAUCCAAAGGCAGAGGAAUAUUUUCAGUGGAAUAAGUUACCCUGUGGAAUUACUUCCAAAAAUAGAAUUCCCCUCCGCACAAUCAGCAUUAAGCCAUCCACGAUGUGGUUUGGAGAAAGAACCAGAAAAACAAAUGUAAUUGUGAGGACUGGAGAGAGUUCAUACAGAGCUUGUUUUUCUUUUCACUCCUCCUACAGUGAGAUUAAAGAUUUCUUGAGCUACAUCUGCCCUGUGAAUGCAUAUCCAAAUGUCAUUCCAAUGGGCACAACUGUGGAUAAAGUUAUAGAAAUCCUAAAGCCUUUGUGCCGAUCUUCCCAAAGCACUGAGCCAAAGUAUAAACCGCUUGGAAAACUGAAGAGAGCUAGAACAAUUCAUCUAGACUCUGAUGAGGGGGAGGAGGAAGAUGACCUCUUUGAUGAUCCUCUGCCAGUACCUUUAAGGCACAAAGUUCCAAACCAGCAAACUCUUUACCCUGAGGUAUUUCCCAUGACUACAGUAUCACAAGACCAGCCUGAAAAACUGAGACAAAGCACAGGAUGCAUUGAAGCAAAGAGCAUAAAAACACCUCUUUGGGCAAACUUUAUAGAUUGUGAAGAAUCCAACAGUGAAAGUGAAGAAGAAUUACAAAUCCCAGCCUCAUCUCAAGGAGAUCCGAGUCCUCUCACACAUCACCAGCAAAAGGCCAAUGUGGAAGUACCACAGUGGGAAGUAUUCUUUAAAAGAAAUGGUGACAUCCCAGAUGACAGUUUGGAAAACUUCUGUUCCUCCACAGAGGCAGGGGGCUCUCAGUCACCAAAGCUUUUCAAUGACUCUGAUGGCGAGUCAACUCACAUCUCUUCUCAGAAUUCCUCUCAGUCCACACACAUCUCAGAACAAGGAAGUCAAGGCUGGGACAGCCAGUCUGACACUGUUUUGUUAUCUUCCCAAGAGAGAAACAGUGGGGAUAUUACCUCCUUAAACAAAGAUGGUUACAGACCAAGAAUCAAGGAGAAUCUUCCUGCCUCUCAGAUGGAACAAAAUGUACUUUGCCUAAAGGACACUUACUCUGAAGAUGUAAAUGUAGUUUCUAGUGUUGGAGAACCAACUACUGUAAGCAGUGGGAAACACAUACCUCAGGAAAGAAGGUUGCUAACUAUUAGCAACAAUGCAGAUUCACAGAGCUCCUCUGAUUUUGAAAUUCCCUCAACUCCAGAAGCUGAGCUACCAAAACAAGAGCAUUUACAGUAUUUAUAUGAGAAGCUGGCAACAGGAGAGAGCAUAGUACUUGCAAAAAGAAAAAGCUCACUCUUAGAUACUUAAGAAUUCCUUCUAGAGCCACCACUAAAAAACGUAUACAAAGAGGUAAUAGUCAAACUCUUAAAUUAAAAUGCUCAUAUAACCUAAAAGGCGGCAGAAAGGAGAAACAGGAACAAAAAAUAGAGGGGAAAAAACAGAAAACACCUAAGAUAUGGUAGGACUGAAUCCAAAUAGAUCAAUAAUUACAUUAAAUGGUCUAAACACACUGAUGAAAAGAUAGGAAAAAUAAAACAAACCCCAGCUAUAUGCUGUCUAUAAGCAACUCUCUUCACAUGGUAUAGGUUGGUUAAAAGUAAAAGUAUGGAAGAUAUACCAUGUAAACACUACUUAAAAGACAGUUGGAGUGUCUAUAAAAGGUACAGUUCACCAAGAAGAUAUAAUUUUAAAUGUGUAAGUAUCUAAAAUCAGCUUCAAAAUAUACAGGCAUACCUCAGAGAUGUUGCAGGUUUAGUUCCAGACCACUGCAACAAAGCAAAAAUUGCAAUAAUGCAAGUCACAUGAAUUUUUUGGUUUCCCAGUGCACAUAAAAGUUAUGUUUACAUUAUAUCAUAAUCUAUUAAGUAUGCAAUAGCAUUAUGCCUAAAAAAUAACCCAACAAAAAUACUUUAUUGCUAAAAAAUGCUAACCAUCAUCUGAGUCUUCAGCAAGUUAUAACCCUUUUGCUGGUAGAGGGUCUUGCCUUGAUGUUAUUGAGAAUGUGUGAUCUGUGAAGCGCAAUAAAACGAGGUAUGCUUGUACAAAGCACAAAUAACUGAAGGAGAAAGACCGACUAAUGCACGGUUAUAGCUGGAACUUGAACAUUUCUCUCACAGUAACAAUUAGCUUAUGAAAAAUCAGCAACAAUAGAGAAGAUGUGAAUAGGACCCAUCAACCAACUGGAUCCAAUUGAUACUCCAUCCAACAACAGAAUACAUGUCUUGCAAGAGUACAUGGGACAUUCACCAAGAUAGACCAUAUCCUGGGUCAUAGGAAUACUUCAAACUGAAAGAAUAAAUUUGGACCUAUUACUGUAAACUGAUGGCUAUAGGAAAACUCAGCCCCCUACUUACCUCAAAAGAUGCUACACCAUUUAAGAACGUUGGUGUGAAUACAGUGGUAAAAUUAAAACCAGAAAAAUUAGGACCAAAAGAAAAUAAUUAAAUUGCAAAAGUAUAUGUGUGUUCUGUGAGUCAUUCAACUUUUCUAAAUUCCAUCAAUAGGAUAUGCUUUUGCAGUUAUAUGUAUGUAUUUAAUAAAGUUUUUAAAUAUAUUAAUCACUUUGGUAUGCUGACAUUUUGUAGAUUAAGGCAGCAAAAGCAGAUUUCACUUGAAACUAGUUUAAAUGAAGUCUCUAAAACAAUUUGUAGAUCACUUAUACUAACAAUGAUAUGCAUUAUCACCAUGCUGCAAGAUAAUUAGUCCAACAGUAAGUAUUGGACCCACAAGACUAAUUAGGGUUACAAGACUUAGAGUUAGUGGGAGAGGAACAUAAACAGGGUACUCAGAGGAAGCCAGCCUUGUCAUUUCUCCAGAAGGAUAUGUGUUAGGACAGAUUUGCCUGUCGAUUUACAUGGGGGAAAACUGGACAGUGACAGCUAGACUGCUAAACUGGCAUAAGAGGAAGGUUCAGGGGAAGAAACUGACAUGGUCAUUAAGGGAUAGGGCUGAGAGUAAGGGCCUGGUCAUUUCUGACUGGUCUUUGAGGACAGGUUGGGUCACAAUUUUAGGGAAGUGUCUCUACCCUAAAUUACUCAACGGUAAGUCUUAUUAAUAUGUAUGCCAAUGGGGAAUGGUCUGAGCAUAGUAAGGUACCUGGGGCAAAGGAAUAUAAAGGAUACAAAGAGUUUUAAGGGAACAAACACUGACCCCUUUUUUCUAGCUCAGCUGCUGCUCUGAGCUUUAGAUGAAAUACACUCUGUAGACUCAGUAUGAGGAGCAGGAUUAGAGUUGUAGUCAUUCCAUUUUGCCCACUCCCAUCUGAGUACUAUUUCCUAAAUUCCAAGAGAAUAUAAAAGCUUUGGAGACAACCAAUAAGGAUUGCAAAUCAUUGGUUGAAUAUCUGGUUGUAUCUAUAAUAGGCCCAUUACCCAAACCCAGAGGCUUCAUAUUUUGCUUAUAGCUCUAAAAAUUAGUUAUAAUUCAUUAUCAUAAAUCAUGUCAUCAAACACAUACAUUUGUAUACUGACACUUAAGACUUCAUCUUAACAGUAUAGUUUAUGAUCCAAGGGGGGGGUGGGGGUGGUCAAAACAUGGCUUUAAACAUUCUUCUGAAUAUAUUCUUAGCAUUUUAUAAUAACACCAUCAAUUUAAUAUUAUAUACUGUCAUAUUUUCAUUGUUUUAUAUGUGAGUCUGGCAUAAUAAAUGCUGGCUGAAUUUAAGGACUAAGAGCACUAGAACAGACUUUGAUCAAAACGGUUGUAGUGAUCAUAAAAGAUGUUAAAGUAUAGGUUUAUACUCUGUACCUGAAGUACAGAAUAAUUAUAGCUAAUACAUAUGGUCCUUACUCUGUGAUGCUUAAUUCUUUUACACGCUGUAUAUUUCCUCCUUUAAUCCUCACAAUACCCUUUGAGGUAUGUAAAUACAUUUAUUAUCUCCAUUCAUAGAUGAGGAGGCUAAGGCACAGAGAGGUUAGUUCAUAUAACUAGGAAAGGGUGAAGCCAGGACUGAAAAAAAGGCAAUUCAGGCCCCAAAGUCCAUGCUCUCAAUCACUAUGCAAUAAGACUCUCAAAAAGCUUAACAGUGGGCAGGAUUAAUUAUAGGGACUACUUAAUUUUUUUAUUUCAAGAACUAUAAAAUACUGGAAAGGCAAAAAAAUUUUGAAAUGCAAAGAUAUAUCACAGAAGAAGCCCAGUGGCUAGCCACAUUUGCCUUUGAGAGGAAUCUAAGACUAAAGUUUAAUAGAAAACUGAUUUUUAAAAAAUUGUGCCUAAAGUUGGUUAAAUUAAUUACACAUAGGUAUAGUUUACUGCCUCUUAGCUGGGUGAUCUUGGGCAUGUUAAUAUUACCUAAUGAGUCUAAACCUAGUUCCUUUGGUGUACUGUAGGGAUGACAGCACCAACCUCAUAGAUUUAUGAGAAGCACAUGAGUACAUAUAAAGGCCUAAGACUUGCUCAAGGAAUAUUCAUUCUAAUUCUAAAAUUUGCAGUUCUAGGUAGUACUUAGUGAAAUUGGUUUAAAUAGCUGGUGACUAAUAACGCUUAAAAAAAUUUUAGAAAUAUCCAUCCACAUUAUGCUAAGUGUAAAAUUAUACUUUAAUAUCCAAAUGCACGAACCAUGACAAUAAACUUUUAAAAAAGGAAUGUAACAUUGAAAGGAAUGGUAUAUAAACCUCUGUUAAUCUCAACAGCUGGUAGUGAGGAAUACAUCAGUAUUUUUCUACCCUUUUUGUAGC